AAAGAAUGUAAGGAAUAUUCCUAUUAUAGGCGGCAAUUGGAUGGACGAGACAAAGCAAACCGAUCAAAUGGAUGUGCGGUGGAUCCCUGAUUAGCGAAUAUUUCGUAUUAACAGCUGCACACUGUGGACAAGUACGCGGAGUCCCACCCGACGUUAUUCGACUUGGAGCGCACAACCUUUACACUACAGAAGAAGAAUACACGAAAUUUGAAGAUUUCCGCAUAGAAAAAAUAAUAAAUCAUCCAGAAUAUCGUCAGAACGCCUUCUACAAUGAUAUUGCAUUAUUUGAAUUGAAUCGAGCUGUUCAGUUUAAUCAGUUCAUUCGACCCGCGUGUCUUUGGCAAUCACCAGAGUUAACUAUGUCGGAAGCAAUUGCUACUGGAUGGGGUCGACUAUCGUUUCGUGGGCGGAAGGCUAAAGAUUUACAGAAGGUCGUUUUAGAUUUGAUCGAUCACGAAACAUGCAACAAUUCUGUUGGACUGGAGGAUGACCUUAAAAUGGGGAUCACUGACAGUCAAAUUUGUGCAGCACAUAUGGAAGGCGGGAAGGAUACAUGUCAAGGGGAUUCCGGCGGACCUUUGCAAGUAUUAGUACCUAAUCAUAAGUGCACUUACUAUGUUAUUGGCAUAACGUCUUUUGGAAGAUUUUGCGCGACACCCAAUACGCCAGGCAUUUAUACAAAUGUUUAUUAUUAUUUAGAUUGGAUUGAAACAAUUGUUUUUCAAAAUAAGUAAAUUUUAUAUUAAUAAUCAAUUACUAGAAUGUUGAUGGAGUGAAGAAUGACGGGGCUCUAUCUUUAAUAAAAUUGUACAAUAUUGUUAUAUUUGUAAAGCACCAAGUGCUCUAAACACUACGACGAUACUAAAAUAUUUAAUUUUAUUAUGGUGUAUAUUAAUGUAAGUAGCUUCCAAUAUAUGUAUGUAACUGGUAAGGAAAUGAUAUCUCAUUGUUCCAAUUUUU